UGUUGUCUACUAUGGAACAGUGUCUGCCUCUUUUGCCACUACCAAACACUCUUUCUUUUGGAGCAAAAAGCAGAAAAAGUGAAGUGUUUAUAAGCACAGCUCAGUCUCCAAGCAAAGCAGCAUCCAUCAUCAGUGGAAUGCAGACGUAUAGUCCCCUGAGAAAUAUCUGUGACAUGGCGGGAAAAAGGAUAUUGUUUUCCAUCAGCAAACGCAGAGCUCUCUCUUGUCACGUCUCUCCACUAUACGCCACCACACGUGCA